CAGACCUGAGACUAACAUAAAAUUUUUUAUGUUAGUCUCUGUACAGACUGAGUAGCAGUGAGAACAACUGUCAUAAUUUGCCAGAUCUAGCCAAGGCGACCUUAUUCCAUUGAAACAUGUCCUACAAGGUUGAAGUUGUGCCAGGACUUGAAAAUAUUACCAAGUCUAUAGGGGAGGGUCCGCACUGGGAUGAUGCGACGGAGUCUUUGUUGUUUGUUGAUAUAAAUGAUGGUGAUGCCUAUGGAUGGGAUUCUAAGACAGGCAAAGUGGAGAAAUUCCAUGCAGAUGGAACAGUUAGCUUGAUUGUUCCACGAAAAUCUGGAGGCUAUGUCAUCAGCAUCAACAAGGGAUUGCACCAUUUGGAUUUUGAGACGAAAACCACAACACGUCUUUCUGAGGAGGUGGGAGCUGGGCUUGAUGCUCGAUUCAAUGAUGGAAAAUGUGAUCCUAAAGGGAGAAUUUGGGCAGGCACUAUGGGCAAUGAGAUUAAGCCUGCUGUAGUAGCCCCUGAACUUGGAAGCCUGUACAGACUGGACACAAAUAAAGUUCUCACUGAACAAGUGGAGAAAGUCACUAUUUCCAAUGGCCUUGCUUGGACGGAUGAUAAAAAGACCAUGUAUUACAUAGAUUCCAUCCCCAAGCAGAUUUAUGCCUUUGACUAUGAUAAUGACUCUGGUGAUAUAAGCAAUCGUCGUGUGGUGAUAGACUUUGAGAAGUGUGAUGAGAAGGGUGUUCCUGACGGUAUGUGUAUUGACACGGAAGGAAAACUCUGGGUAGCUUGUUACUUUGGAGCCCGUAUUGUCAGAUUUGACCCCGAAACAGGCAAACAGUUGAUGGUAGUUGAUAUUCCUGCACUUCGUACAACGUCUUGCUGCUUCGGGGGUCCAAAUAAGGACAUUCUCUAUGUGACCUGCGCUGCUAAUAAUUCAACACCUGAGGAAUUAGAAAAAUAUCCUUUGACAGGAUCUGUGUUCCGCAUAACAGGACUUGGUUUCAAGGGCUUCAAAGCAAAUGUUUUUGAAGGAUAAACUAAUGAAUCAACUUUUGAAAUUAAAUAAAAGCACCUGCAUCAACAUUUCAAUGACUGUACUGUACUUUACUUUUAAAUGAAAUAAUUGGUAAUUGUCAUCAUAGUUGAUUUUAUGUCACCAUCAAAA